AUGGAUAACGAUAAAGAAAAAGUGAGUUGGGAUUCGUAUACAACGAAAAUCCUAAUCGAUGUUUGUGUUGAGCAAAUUGUGCACAAGGAACGCCAAGGAACAUCAUUUACGAGGCCGGGUUGGAACAAAAUUACAAAGAAUUUUCAGAAAAGGAGUGGGAAAAUGUAUGACAGGAAGCAACUUAAGAAUAGAUUUGACAUUUUGAGAAAGGAUUGGAAGUUGUGGGAGAAACUUAUGUCUGGGGAGAUUGGCAUUGGUUAUGAUGCAGCGACAAAUAGGGUGUUGGCCUCCGAUGAGUGGUGGCAACGGAAAUUAAUGGUGGAUCCCAAUUUCGAGAAAUUUAGACAUCAGGGGUUGAUGUUUGCAUCAGACCUAAUGAAGAUAUUCAAAGAUGUUGUGGCUUCGGGAGACUUUAUGUAUGCACCAUCAGCCUCACAACCUCAGCCAGCAUUCACUCCACAGCCUGACACAGAAGAGGAGGAUGUUUAUAGAGUCGGGCUCGACCAACAGGAAGGGUCGGGGGACAGUGAGGAUGAAAAUUUCGGUGUUGACCCAACAGCCACCGCAGGGAUCUCAGAUGAUUUUGCCAGUUGCAACUUAAACAACCGUUCGAGUACUGGACCAAGUGACUCAGGAAGCUAUGGAAAGAGGAAGAGGGGUGAGACGUCUGAUGCGAAGAAGAAGAAAAAAGUUGCUGCGACUACAAAAAUUUCUGAUAGCCUGAGUGUUAUAGCAGCUGCUUCUGAAAAGUGA